AUGGCGUGCCGGCAAAGGCACGCCUGCUGGCUAGCACCCCUAAAGGACCUCAGUAUCGGGCAGACUGCUCCUAGGAGGCAACAGCCGCCGCGCCUCAGCGCGCGGAGACACUCCACGCAGCAACGCCAGGAAGGAAGCCAGCUGCAAGGAUUCCCCGUGAGGGCCUCUGAAGGGCACAAUCCCACGUCACAACGUCACGCUUGCCUUCAAGAAAAGCUGCAGAAACUCUUUGAAGCCGCGGGGCCCUGGGCCUGGGGGCCCCUCGUAAUCGCGGCGCUGCAGGAGUGCAGCAGCAGCAGCAGCAGCAGCGACGCUUGCCUCUCACACGCUGCACAAGGCGGUGAAUCCCUCGGUGGGAUCACCCCAGGAGCAGAGCUUCAGCGGCAGCACCGCGAGCUGUUGCGGAGACUUUGCCACGCUUUCGAGGCGGCGGAAGCCUCAGGCCAGUCUGCUGAGGAGCGCCUUGCAGCCGUCGCUGCUGCAGCAGAGGCUCAUCUGAGGGCAGUGUGUCUGAAAACUUCCUUACGGGAUACAGCCCACUUUAUAUCUUCUCUGAGUCGACUGAGCAGCAGCAACUCAGGCCUCUGCAGCACAGUCGCGAGGCGCCUUCUUGACACGCGAGCGUGCGAGCAGUUAUUUGUUGCUUCAACCGAGGCAGCCAUACAGCAGCUCACGCGGCAGAUUGCAGACGGCAGCCCUCCAGACGUCUUGGGAGGCUUGAAGCUGCCCCCCGCAUCCUGCGGCGCGAAGGCAGCUUCACACGGGAGCCUUGCCCAGGCUGUUUGCGGGAAGGGGACUCGUGCGACCAAUUCACAGAUUGGAGACAGCCUUGCGCAGACUCCUUUGCCGCACGCUGAAUCCUCGGCUGUCGGAGCCAGUGGUGGUGUGCCUUCCAGCGUCAGGGAUGCCGCAGCACAGGCCCUUGGAGCUGCAGCUGCAGAAAUUGCAGCUGCUGCUGCUGCGAACCGCCUGCGGAGUCACGGCGUGUCUACUGCGCUCCUGUGGGGGGUCGUGGCGAGGGGUUGGGCCCCCCAAGAGUUUGAGAAUAGGCCCCUUCAGCAGCUGGUGAAGCUCUCUGAGCUGCUGCUACAGCGGCAGGAGCAGCUGCUCCAGCCUCUGGUCAGCAGAGUGCAGCAGCUGCGGCAGUGGCAGCCGUUCCUGUUGCCAGAAAAACAGCAGAGCGAGCUCAGGAGAAGCUUGCUUCUGCACGAUUCCAUCUCAUGGUUUCUGUUCUGCGCUGGAAUUGUGCAGAGACUAUCUGCUUCUAUGGCUCAGAGGGCCCUCUGGCUCCUUCUGCACGUCGAAGGCGGGAGGAGGUCGCCGCAGCAGACACCUCAAAGUGGUGGAUUAGUGCUGCAGCAACACGACAUCGCCUCUCUGAAGGCCUUGCAGAGGCUCAUUGCUGCUGCUGCGCAGCUGGACGGCAUGAGAGGGCCUUUCUCGCCCUUGGAGAACCCCUCACCGCCUUCGGGGAAGGCGGUGCAAACUCAGGGGGCCCCUGAGAAUUCUCCAAGAUGCAGACAGCCAGCUUUGGCUUGUCUUGUGGACUUAGUGAACGCUUUGGUGCGACUCCGCAGCGACUCGGUAGAGGCCUCGCGGGUGCUGUCGCAGCUGCCACGACAUUUGGCAGGGAGCGCAGCAGGUGCAGGUGGGAGAUACGGCGAAGUCUUUUAUCGGCCGUCUGGUGCUUCCUUCUGCGGAGAGGGUGCAGCAGAGUGCACUGCGGCUGCUUCCGCCUCCAGAGAUUCUGCCACAGACACCUUCGGGGGGAUUCCCACCGCAGCUACACCGAAAGAAGCAAGCAGAGAAGAAGCACUGGCGGCAGAGGCACCUACAGGAAGGCCCUUCAUGGAAGCUUUGCCGUUGCAGCUGACACCUUCGCAGGUGCUAAGUCUGUUGGGAGCUGUGGCGAGGCUGCAGCUGCUAGGCAGGACGAGAGAAGCGCCAGGCAACAGGGAUAUGGGAAGUAGGGAGCACGCAGGCUGUAGACGGGGAGUGACACACCCUAGUGUGUUGUCAGCUUCGGAUAAAAAUAGCGAAGCUCGAGAAAACAGAGACCGCUCUGCUGCCUGGAAGAGCGCCGCCGUAUAUACGCGAGUUGCAGCAGCAGCUGCUGUUUCUGCUGCUGCUGUUGCUACUCCGCAUCAGCAGCGCCUGCCGCUGCUCCCCGCUGCAGCCAUGAGUGCACAUACCCACUGCGCCCUCUGCCUGAAUUACGCUGUUGCCGCUCUUGUCACGGGGCAAGAGGCCAAUGUAUUGCUGAAGGAGGCCUUGCUGCAACGCCUCCUCCAGCUGCUACAACUCACGCUUACAGCAGCACUUCCAUCAGUCGGCCCCUUGGCGGCAACCUUCGAGGCAUGUCUUCCAGCUGCAACAACACCUGCGCUGACAUCUCCCGCUAAAGCGCUCCAGCUAUUUGAGGCAUCCGAGGAGUUCCCCGCAUUCAAACGAUGGCGUCUACACCACCAACGCCAGGCGCCUGCUCUCACCGAUCGCCGUGAGUUGCUCCCUCCAACGAGCUGCUCUCCGAUGCAACGCCAGGUGCAGCAGACGGUUGGGGCCCUAGUAGGGCCCCGUGGAAGCUCUGCAGAGAUGGGCCCUCGGCAGAUUGAGGCAGAGCACAAAGUAGGGUGUCUGUACACCGUAGACAUCUUGCUGUUUCCAGCAAAAACAAGGGCUGGGGCACAAAUGUACGUAUAG